UUUGCUUGUUUCACAGUUUCAUUUCACUCGGAUUAAAUAUGAAAUUGUUGGGAGUUGUCUGUCUUUUUGCCUUGGUGCUUCUUGCAUCCGCCGAAGAUGAAAAGAAACCAGUGGCUGAAGCUAAGGUAGAUGACACCAAGGCGGCCGAAAGUGCAAACCUCGAGGACAAGAAGCAGGACAAACGAGGCCUGCAGGACUGGACCCACAGCUUCGGCGGCUGGGAGGAAAAGCAUGACAUCCCGCACUUCGAGACCCACGAGGAGAAGACCUUGACUGUGGUGAAGAAGAUUCCGGUCCCAUACCCAGUGGAGAAGCACAUCCCAGUGGCCGUGGAGAAACACGUCCCCGUGCCCGUCAAGGUUGGAGUGCCAAAGCCUUAUCCAGUGUACAAGACCGUUCACUACCCGGUGAAGGAGAUCGUCAAGGUGCCAUACAAUGUGCCAGCUCCUUAUCCCGUUGAAAAGAAGGUCCCAUACCCAGUCCAUGUCCCUGUUGACCGUCCAGUCCCAGUCAAGGUAUACGUGCCAGCCCCAUACCCAGUAGAGAAGAAGGUCCAUUACCCAGUCAAGGUCCAUGUCCCAGCACCGUACCCAGUGGAGAAGAAGGUCUAUGUCCCGGUCAAGGUUCCAGUCCAUGUCGAUAAGCCAUACCCAGUUGAGAAGAUUGUGCACUACCCAGUCCAUGUUCCAGUUGACCGUCCAGUCGCAGUUCAUGUUGACAAGCCAGUGCCAGUCCCAGUUGAGAAGCCUGUCCCAUACACUGUCAUCAAGAAUGUCCCAUACCCAGUCCAUGUCCCAGUCGACCGUCCAGUACCCGUGCACGUUGAUAAGCCAGUUCCAGUCCCAGUCAAGGUCCCUGUGCCACAACCUUACCCAGUUGAGAAGCAAGUCCCAUACCCGGUAGAGAAGCAAGUCCCAUACCCAGUCAAGGUCCCAGUCGAGCGCCCAGUCCCAUACGAAAUCGAGAAGCACGUGCCGUACACCGUUGAGAAGCCAGUCCCAUACCAUGUCCAGGUCCCAGUCCAUGUUCCAGUCCACCACGAAGAACACCAACAACACGAGGAGCACAACUUCGGUUCGUCUGAAGGUCAUCACGAAUUCCAUGAGCAUCACUAAGUCAAGAAGAGCCCCCAUCAUUUCAUUAUUUAUAUCGCAAAACUUGUGAUCUUAGUUUCUAAACGACUAACACCCAAAACUACUAACAAGAAUAGCGAAAUGCGAAACCAACACCUUACUACCAACUAAGAGCCUGAGAAACUGAUGAUGUAGAAACUGAUCAAACUACAUUCUACAAGAAGACCACCACUUAAUGAGCAUCGUGCGAUCCGCUCGAAGUGCCCCUUUUUUUGUCACCGAGCGAAU